CCGCCGGAGCUUUGCACAGCAUCUACACUUCAAUUCGCGCUUAGAUACCCCUUCACAUUGCUUCUGUGCCUUGGAAUUGGCCGGUACAUCGCGCUAGAGCCUUUUCCAUCUUCGCAAACGGCAAUGACCGACUUGCAGGAGCUCUCUCGGUAACCUGACAUGAAAGGCAUCCUGCCUGGGAAGCCUGAAGCAAGGCUUCAGGGCGUGUCAACUGGGUACUGGGAUGGCCAGCGCAUCAUCGUGUACCUCAGCGGCAACGCGCUCGCAAUUCUCUCAGAUCCCGAGACCAUCUUGCAGACAAUCUACGAUGACGACGAACGGAAGCUGCAGGCGGUGGCUUUUGACGAAUUCUCAGGAAAGAUAGCUGCAUCUACAGACUCAACAAUUAGGAUAUAUAGGCCGUUCGAUGGUGAGCAAAGAUGGGCACUACAAGCGACAUUCGAAAUCGACGAUGCGCCGACUCCUGCAACCUUGUCCUGGGGAAGCUCAGAAGAACUUUUGGUCGGCCGGGGCUCUUUAUGGUUGUACAACACGACUUCGACACCCCCUUCAUGCCAUUGGAAGAAAGAUUUGGCUACACCUGUAAAAGAAGCGAGCUUGUCAUAUGACUCGGCCUAUAUAGCCUCGAUAGGGCACCACGACCGGCUCGUCAAGAUUUGGCGCAGACUCAAUUUUAGUUCAGACGAAGUGCACUUCGACUUCGGCUACCUACCACAUACCCAAGCUGUGACGAACAUACAGUGGCGCAAACCAUUCUAUGUCGACCAAACGAUCGAGAACGUGCUGUACACGUUCUGUGCGGACAACCACCUGCGGGUAUGGACCGGCGCUGACGGGCACGGCUGUGAAUCACUCAGGUUAUGGGGAAAAGUCAACCUGGCAACCGCCAUACAAGAUGAGGCACUUCAUCGGAAGUCUGGAGCGGACACGCGGUGGGCUUUCAUCAUCAGUCAACGUGACCUAGCCACCGCCACAGAAAAGGCCGUACAAGAAAAAGUAGACGGCCAAGAGAAGGACGUGGCACUACAAUAUCUAAUAUCCAUCGCAAAUAGGGAUACCGAAAUCUGCAUGGUUCUGGAUGGCCACGGGAACAUGGCAGCUUAUGCCUUGGAGAAUAUCAGCAGCAAGUCUCAAAGCGCAAACAAUAUUGAUAAUGUGGCUCUAGCAAAAUCUCGAGACUUUGACUUUACUAAGGCUCACGCCGGCACCUUCCCUCAUGUGGAAAUUUUGAGUUAUUGCAACAAAUCUGCUGGCCACUUGAAUAUCCUUUUCCAUUAUUUCGAUGGCACAGUGGAGGUGUUCGAAAGCAACAUUGCAGAUCUGCUCGACCCUACGUCCAAGCCGGGCAGAUUGAAUCACCGCGCGACAUGGUCGGGUCAUUCUGCUCCCAUCAAGAAGAUCGUACGUAACUUCAGUGGACGUGCGAUCGUGUCAAGAACAGAAGAGGGUGAGAGCAUAGUCUGGAAACACUCUGCAAAUCCCAAAGAGGCAAAAUUGCUUCGCCACAAUGUCAUCCCCGAGAAAAGGCACAUCCACAGAAUAUGUCUUCUCAGGGGAGGCAGUUUUGUUGUAUUCUUGCAUCAUGAUGUCAUUUCUUUGUGGGACUGCCGGCAUCCGGAGCCCCAAUUGCUUGGGGAGACCACCUACAACGCGCCCGGCAAGCCUCUUUGCAUUGUUGUUCUACCUCGUCACAGUGUCAAGGACGUCGAAGUGGCGCACAUUGCAACCAUCACAUCAGAACAUCGUGGUGUGGUGUGGGAGUUGAAUCUGCCGAUCAAGACCGCCCGAAAUGCUAACGAGCUGCAAACCAAUGGGCAUAACACCGACAAACUGACAAUUCGUGAAUAUUGCACCUUUGAGCUGGACGGGACAGGUAACUUGGCUUACGUUCUGCCCGUUGACCCAGCAGGUUCUUCUGCUGCAAUAGCCGGAUUUCUCGAUGUGUUUGCGCGGGACGUUGCCGUGUCUUACACGCAUGAGGGCCGAGUGGAGUUCUGGACCGCGAGAGUGGACAGCUCUCACGACAAAGUUGAAUGGCUCUCGACCUCAUCUAUGGAGACAGGCGUUUCUAAGCCCGCACUGGUGAGCGGUAGUACUAUGAAAAAGGCUGCUUUAGUCAACACCGACCGAUCUGAGGUUACGAUAUGGGAUAUUAAAGGUGCCAAGCUAGAAUAUGCUCAGAAUUUCGAAAGCCACAAUACAGUGCAAGAUCUCGACUGGACCUCUACACCUGACUCACAAUCGAUUCUUGCGGUCGGCUUCCCUUAUCGAGUGGUUCUUCUAUCGCAAAUGCGGUUCGAUUACCUGAACAAGGGACCUGCUUGGGCACAGAUCAGAGAGAUUAGCAUCCGAGAGUACACACCGCAUCCUAUCGGCGACUCGACAUGGCUCAGUGGUGGUAAUCUUGUGGUAGGGGCUGGUAAUCAGUUGUUCAUGUACGAUCGUAUGUUUGAGACAUCCAGCUCCUUGACCACAACUGGUCGCCUUCCACCUCGUAAAGAUGGAAUGAGAGACCUGUUUGAGGUAGUGCAGAGGCUCAACGGUCCCCUACCUUUGUUCCAUCCACAAUUCAUAAGCCAAAGCAUGCUUUCCGGGAAGAAUUAUCAGGUCAAGCGGAUACUUUUAACUUUAAAUCACGCCUUGAAAUAUCAUGUGGAAGGCGAUGUUAUUGAUGACUACCUGGGCAUGGAUUUGGCUGAUUUCUACCUUGGCGACGAUGCUUCCUCUAGAACCAACCGCGGUGGUCCAUCUCAUUUGAUGAGGCGCAUGUCGAUUGAUGAUAGCGAAGAAACUUUCUCCGAAGAAACAGCGGUAGCAAUAUGUGAAAGAUUGCAAAAGAUCGCGCUCCCGCAGCUCUCAGGCCAUGAACAGAUUCAAUUGAUUGACAUCGUAGAAUGCAUGGGCAUGGUGGAGAAGCAACGCCGCUCAAUGGACGAGAAUGGCGCCCGCUUUAUGCUUUUCUUCCGACAACAUGCAUUGCGCAAAGGCCGGACAAACGAGAUCCAUAUGUCGUGGCGUGAGACCAACUGGGCGUAUCACUCAACGAGUCAGGACAUAUUGACAGAUUUUGUCACUCGACAGUAUCAUGGUACUUUGCUCUGGGAGAAUGCCCGGGAGAGCGGCUUAUUUAUGUGGCUCACAGACGCUGCCGCUGUGAGAGCACAAUUCGAGGUGAUUGCUAGAAACGAGUACACGAAAAGCGAGAUAAAGAACCCGGUCGACUGCACUUUGUUUUACCUUGCCCUUAAGAAGAAGGCUGUACUUCAAGGUUUAUGGCGAAUGGCUAGUUGGAACAAGGAGCAGCGUGCCACGCAGAAGUUGUUGGCCAAUAAUUUCGAAGACCCUAAAUGGAAGACCACGGCGCUCAAAAACGCGUAUGCACUGCUAAGCAAGCGGCGUUUUAAUUACGCCGCUGCUUUCUUCCUAUUAGCCGACCACCUUCAAGAUGCAGUGAACGUGUGCCUAAAUCAAAUCAAGGAUUUACAACUAGCAAUAGCCAUUGCCCGUGUCUAUGAAGGAGAUUCAGGCCCAGUACUAAGGAAACUGCUCGAAAACGAAGUACUCGCCAUAGCAGCGCAAGAGGGUAACAGGUGGCUUGCGUCUUGGGCGUUCUGGAUGCUCAAGCGUCGCGACAUGGCUGUACGUUCUCUCAUCACACCGGUCUACACGCUUCUGGAGACUCCAGUCAGCCCAGAUCUCAAAGCCAAGCUCUUCCUCACGGAUGAUCCAGCACUUGUGGUUCUAUAUGCACAACUCCGGCAAAAGACUUUGCAAACCCUGCGUGGGGCCACCAAGAUCUCACCACGCACAGAGACGGAGUUCGUGCUGCACAAUGCAAAGCUAUACGAUCGAAUGGGCUGCGAUCUACUAGGCUUAGAUUUAGUGAGGAACUGGGAAUACCUGCGCUCGCCGAGCACGAUGCAGACGGGGCUCGGCGGUGAUAUAGUGGAUCCUAGGAUGUUGCUGCGCAGAAGAUCAAGUCUGGUGGUUGCAGAUCUGCCCAUGAAUCCAUUGGGAGGGGAAGCAAAGAGCGUGAAGAAACAGCAGCCUACCGUGUUCGAGGAACCCGACGCCGGCAGCUUGUUGGAUAGUUUUGGCUUCUAGGUGCUUCAAGUCCAAAGACUUUGGUUGCGGAUGGUCAACGUCGUGUAGGAGUAGUAUAUGAAAUUAGCCAGGCGCACAAGAGUAGCAACGAAACUGCAAAAGUCUUUGGCGGUUCUGAUGAGAAAAAAAAAAAGGUUUAGCUAAGAGGCAUCGUGUUAUCGCUGGGUACUUCAAGUCCUUGUUAGUCCAUCUUCUCCCCAUCUUGGCGCAAACGGUCGCUCGCUGCAGUGGAGCGUCUAGCUUCUGGCUUGCGGUUGGGGCCGAGGCGCCAGCGCUGGCGGCCCCCAAUUGCGCUAGAAU